AUGGCACCGCUAUUUUAUUUCGAUAUUGACCGGGCUUUAACGCUCUACCUCAUUGAAAAUCUUGACAAUGGCAAUGGCAAAGUAAAUGACAACGGCAAUGACAUUGACAAUGGCAAUGACAAAGUAAAUGACAACGGCAAUGACAUUGACAAUGGCAAUGGCAAAGUAAAUGACAACGGCAAUGACAUUGACAAUGGCAAUGACAAAGUAAAUGACAACGGCAAUGACAUUGACAAUGGCAAUGACAAAGUAAAUGACAACGGCAAUGACAUUGACAAUGGCAAUGAAUAUAGCAAUGACAACGGCAAUGGCAAUGACAAUGAUUUCAUUCUCAUAAACUAA